AUGUUGAGAAAUUAUCCCACUUCUUUGAACGAUGAUUUAAUAGUAGAACCUCCGCAAGGAAAAAUAAAUGCAUAUACCGGUCCGGAAUUUGUUCAAGAACGAAAAAAUCGUCAAAUAAAAUUUCAUGACACACAAAUAUGUUCAUUAAUAAAACUUGAAUCGGAAGAACGUAAAAAACAUCGAUUAAAAUUUCUAGAACAUAUUAAAUCACAAUACGGAUAUUUAUUAAAAGAAGAUGGUAAAUUACCAAUACAAUCGGCUUUAUUAGCCGGACCUUUAGUAAAUUUAGUACAAAAAGGGGAAAAUAAUUUAAUAGAUGUUGUAAGUAAUAGUAAUUCAGGGAUGGGAUCAGUGGUAGAGUCAGUGAUGGAAUCUGUAAUAGAAGAAGGAGAAGAAAAUUCAAUAAAAAAUUCAGUUAGGAGAAAUUCAACUAGAAGAAGUUCAGCAGGAGGAAGUUCAGUAACAGGAGUAGGAGGAAUAAAUAAUAAUUUAAUAACAGGAAAGUUAGGAUUAGUAGUAAAUUCAGGAGGAGGAGGAGUAUUAGUAAAUUCAGGAAGUGAGAAUCCAAUAGGAAAAGAAAAAGAAGAAUGUUCAAGAGAAUAUUCAGGAGUAGUGAAUUUAGGAGGGGAAAAUUCAGUAGCAGGAAGUGUUGAAAGUUUGGAAGAAGGAGAAAUUGUAGAUGAAUAUAUGGAAUUGGUAAAAGAUAGACCAUUUACUUUGUAUGAUCAAUUAUAUCAAAAAUUUCAAGAAGAAUAUGAAGAAAAGCAACAAAUAUUUCAAGCAAAAAAAGAAAAUUUACUUGAAAUUCAAGAAAAUAUUAUGACCAGUACAUUAAGAUUAGUUGCAGAUAACAUGGGACAAGAAAAAACAUUAGAGAAAAUUUUAGAAGUAGACCAUCAUAUCGAAAAUUUAGAUCUAAUAAUGAAUUAUUUUCGAGAACUAUUUCAAGAAUUUAGAGAAGAUAUUUGA